ACAGCUGUGCUGAGAUGGACAGGCACUACUACAACAUCCACUGUUGGAUUCAUGAUGUUACGUCAACAGCUAGUACUCAUCUUUGGAAUAUCACUGACUAGUGAUAUAAGUGCAUUUAGAAACUGUUAUUCAGAAGCCCAAGUCUCCCUAUAUUAUUUCUGCAACCUCACAGAUAUUCCACUUGUGCCAAAGGAUACAGUGAAGCUUUUUUUAACUUUCAACUAUAUUAGAGAAGUGACUGCAACUUCCUUUCCACUGCUGGAGCACUUGUUGUUGUUGGAAAUUGGAAUGCAAUAUGUCUAUCCUGUUACCAUAGCAAAAGGAGCUUUCAGGAACCUGCCAAACCUUCGUGUCUUAGACUUGGGAUCCAAUAGGAUUCUUCAACUGGAUCUUGAUGCUUUUGCGGGCUUGCCAAGUCUGACUGUACUCCGUCUGUUUCACAACUACCUUGGAGAUUCCAUCCUGGAGGAACGUUACCUUCAAGAUUUGAUCUCGUUAGAAGAAUUGGAUCUAUCAGGGAACCAAAUCACAAAACUUCAGCCUCAUUCCUUAUUUUAUAAUCUAACCAUCUUGAAAAACGUGAAUCUGAAAUUCAACCAGAUAUCCAACCUGUGUGAAAGCAAUCUUACCAGCUUCAGAGGAAAGCACUUUUUAUUUUUUAGCCUCAGUUCUAAUAAUUUGUACAAGACAGAUGAAAUGGCCUGGGCCAAAUGCCCAAAUCCUUUCAGAAAUAUUACGUUUAACUCACUAGACCUUAGUGACAAUGGCUGGAGCACAGGGAAAGUCCAAUAUUUCUGUGCAGCCAUUAAAGGGACUCAAAUCAGUUCUUUAACAUUUAGCUCUCAUACAAUGGGUUCGGGAUUUGGCUUUAAUAACUUAAAAAAUCCAGAUAAUGAUACAUUUGCUGGACUAGCAAGAAGUGAUCUGCAUUUGCUUGAUAUUUCAAAUGGUUUCAUUUUCUCUCUCAAUUCUUUCAUCUUUCAAAGCCUUGGUAAUCUGGAAUUCCUGAACCUUUUCAAAAAUAAGAUAAAUCAAAUCCAAAGGCAUGCAUUUUUUGGCUUGGGAAACCUAAAAAGUCUCAAUCUCUCAAGUAAUCUUUUAGGCGAGUUGUACGAUGAUACAUUUGAAGGUCUACAUAGUGUAAUGUAUAUUGAUUUACAGCAAAAUCAUAUCAGGAUGAUUGGUGGAAAAUCAUUCAGUAACUUAGUAAGUCUGAAAAUAAUUGAUCUCCGAGACAACGCCAUUAAAAAACUCCCUUCCCUUCCACAUCUGACCUCUGUCUUUUUAGGUGACAAUAAACUAAUGUCUGUAGUUGGCACAAAAAUAGCAGCAACUCACCUUGAAUUAGAAAGAAAUUGGUUGUCAAACCUGGGUGACCUCUAUAUUCUUUUCCAAGUUCCAGAUGUACAGUAUAUCUUCUUAAAACAGAAUCGCUUCUCUUACUGUGUGAAAAGUGAUCACGUUAUAGAAAACAAUCAGUUAAUCUAUAUGGAUCUAGGUGAAAAUAUGUUACAGCUUGUGUGGGAGAGAGAUUUAUGCUUGGAUGUGUUCAGGGCACUGUCCAAACUUCAGGUUCUGCAUCUGAAUAACAACUACCUUAGUGUUCUUCCACAGGAGAUUUUUAGAGGUCUAACAUCCCUAAAACGACUUAAUCUGGCUUCCAACCUAUUGUCUCAUCUUUCUCCUGGUCUUUUUCCACAAAGCCUAACAAACCUAAACUUAUCUGGAAACCAGCUUCUUUCCCCCGAGCCUGAAGUCUUUAUGACUUUGAGUAUUCUGGAUAUAACACAUAAUAAGUAUGUCUGUGAUUGUACUUUAAAGAGCCUACUCAUGUGGCUAAAUGAAACCAAUGUAACCCUAGCUGGCUCCCAAUCUGACAGGUACUGUGUAUACCCACCUGCAUUUGCAGGGGUACAACUGUCAUCUGUAAUAUAUGAUGGUUGCUAUGAAGAUGAACUCCAGCAGACACUCAGAUUCUCAGUAUUCAUCUUCAUCUCCAUCACUCUUCUAAUGGUUCUGAUAGCAGCCAUUGUUUUUACUCGCUGUCGGGGGAUUUGUUUUGUCUGGUAUAAAACUAUUAUCAAAAAAAUUAUAGACAGCCAUCCACAAGUAGCAGAUAAAAGUGAAUACAGAUAUGAUGCCUAUUUGUGCUACAGCAAAAAGGACUUUGAAUGGGUCCAGAAUUCUUUGCUAAAGCACUUGGAUUCACAGUAUUUUGAUAAAAACAGAUUUACCUUGUGCUUUGAGGAAAGAGAUUUCUUGCCUGGGAAAGAACAUAUCAGCAAUAUUCGUGAUGCCAUUUGGAACAGCAGGAAAACAAUUUGCAUUGUGACCAGGCAGUUUCUGAAAGAUGGGUGGUGUGUGGAAGCCUUUAAUUUUGCCCAGAGCAGGUACUUUUGUGAUCUGAAAGAUGUCCUCAUUAUGGUAGUGGUUGGGUCAAUUUCUCAGUAUCAACUGAUGAAACACAAACCAAUUCGAAACUUUUUACAAAGGGGUCACUAUUUGCGGUGGCCAGAAGAUUAUCAAGAUAUUGACUGGUUUUUAAAUAACCUUUCUUGCCAAAUUCUGAAGGAAAAAAAAGUGCGAAGGAAAACCAGUGGUAUAGAGCUGCAGACUGUAGCAACACUCUCGCAUUGAUGGCGUACGGGUUGCUGGCUUUCUAAAUAUCCCAUUUCCAGCUGUGCCAUGGUAGGAAUAAACAGAAGUUUGCUUCCUUUUUCCUUGAAAAAGCAGGUAGAUAGAUAACUGUUUCAGUAUAAAUCCUACUAAAGAUGGAAACAGCUUGAAAGCAACCAGCAGAUAUAUGAAAGUACAAUUAUUUUAUGGACUAUCACACAUUUUCAGAAGAAUUAAAUGAAUCACAGAUGCUUCACUUUUUGAAUGCUCAGCUUCAGACACUUUAGUCCUCAUUUCCGAAGUACUACUUAUUUACAGGUCUGUUUCAGGUAGAGAAGGAUGCCCAUGGUUG